AUGGCUCCGAAGAACACUCGCAGCACGACGGCUAAUCAGAAAGAUAAGGCUCCCGCCACCGCAGGAACCUCAACGACUCCACCCCUACCGUCUGCUAGGAAUCCCCCAGACCGUAUUGACCAGCUCCAGAAGCAGGUCGAAACACUGGCUGCAGCCGUGGAAAGGAUGGCUACAACCUUCGCCGGGCGGGAUCAACGGCAAAACUCGAUGCCCCCGUUGGAGGACGCGCCGAUGAACCCAACCCUGUCGAGGGUAUACCAAGGACCUAACGAGUCCCUGAAAGACUGGAUAGCCCGGUUCGGGGAACAGGUCGCCGCCACGGAGGGAAUAUCCGACGAGGUAGCCCUGAUGGGGGCACUGUCGAGCAUGAAGAAGGAUAUCCCCUACAGCACGGACCUCGACCAGAGACCGCCCCAUACCUACCAGGAAUUCCUGACAAGGGCACAGGGAUUCAUCAACGCCGAAGAGGCUAAGAAAGCCUUGAAGAGUAAGGCGGCAACCCCUGUCAAGGAAGAGGCAGGGCAGGCGAACAAUCAGAAAAACGGUAAGAAGCACCGAGGUCACCCUCAGGUGCAAGCCAAGCAGAGGUAUAAGCCCGCUCCAAGCAGCAGGGGCGGCAACGCCUCAACGAGCCAAGGGGAAAACAAACGACCAAAGCCGCAAAGGUACGACGCCUAUACCCCCUUGACUAUGGGGAUCGAGGACGUCUAUCACGAGAUCAGUCACCUCCAGGUCCUGCGUCGACCACCGCCGCUAAAGUCUGACCCAGCGCGGAGAAACCAACACAAGUAUUGUCAGUUUCACGGCGAGAGUGGGCACACUACGGCCGAAUGCUAUGACCUGAGGGACGAGGUCGAGAGAUUGAUCCGAGAAAGUGAGUAUCGAGCCGGCUGUCGGAACAACAACAACCGACGCAACAACGACCGACGGGAGGAGCAGAGGCACGACAAUCUGCCCGAACUCAUCGGCGUUAUAAGAACGAUAUUUGGGGGACCGUACUUCGGCGGCACCUCUCAUCGCGCACAGAAGGAUUACGCGCGAGAGGCAAAGGAAAAGUUCAGACGGAGGGUCAUGAACGUCUCUGGACGGGAGGCCAAGACAGCGCAAUACGAGGACAACGACAACGACAGUUCGGUGGACAUUUUGUACUCCGAUUUCCUUGACAAGAUGGGAAUCCCCCGCGCAAGGCUGCAAAACAGAGCACAGCCCUUGUAUGGCUUCACCGGGGACAGCGUCAUCCCUAAAGGGGCAAUAGAGCUGCCCAUGACCAUUGGAGACUGA